AACGAUUUGAAUCACUGCUGAUUUUACUCUAAAGUGGAACUAAAAAUUAUAAUCAUGAAUAAAUCCUGGAAGUCAUUUGAUACACUCCUAUCUACACCCAGUCCAAGGAGAACAAGUAAAAUCUGUCAGCGCGAUGUUUCGACGCAUAGCUCAUCGCGUGCCAUCGCACAACUCAAACCGACUAUCUCGCCCCGUAACAGGCCAAGAACAUCACAACAUACGGAACAGACUAAUAUAUUAUUUGGCGAUGAAAAUGAAAUUGAGGACAUUUCAAGUGAUGAAGAUCGCAACGAUCGAAUGAAUCAAAGAACCAAUAAUAGUGAGACCAUCACUUGCCAGGAAUCGAUCGUGGAUUGUUCUGCCACGUCCCUUGAUCCCAAAGAUGUGACCAUCUGUGAAAAAUCUUCCAUCGCAUCAGACAUUGAAGAUGUGUCUGAGUCUGAGGGAGAAAAUGGAGAAACGCGCUUGGAUGUUUCAGAAACAGUUUCUUCCGAUUCAGACUGCGAGGCUAUACAUUGCAGGAAAAAGAAACGUCUCAAGCUGGAUUUUAUAAAUCGAAAAUCUCCGGGAUGUGGGCGAAGGAUAACCGAUGACAUGUUGGUUAUUGAAAAUGCAACGGACCGUGCGGCGGGCAGUAUAGCCAAAUCAUAUCCAUGGAAUGAAUCUGCGGUAGCAGAUAACAGUCUAGGAAGCUACAAAAAAUCCCACACAAAGAAGCGAACAUCGACAUGGAAACGAUUGGAUGAAUCGUUCACAGACAGCAACACAAAAAUCGACAGCACUACCAAAAGCCCAACCUGUCGCAAAUGGAAAGCAUUGGACGACACAUUCCGUGCAAGCUCCCCGACAGAAAUUCAAUCAGACCUUACCCCGGAAAAUAGUGUACCUCCUAAGACGAACACCGAGGCCACCGAGCAUGUCGGCGAAACAUCGUUCUACGAUCCCACAUUAUACCAGCAAUGGCCAUCGCGUGUUAAAUUCCGAGAAAAUUGUCCCUUGUCUCGUUUCAACCAAGUUCUACUGGAAAAGUCCUCAAUACAGACAUUCUGGCUAUACGAACGAAAUAUGGGGUUGGUUUCCGCGACGAAAAGCCCGGUGGUGAUUGAAUCCAUCAGCAGGAUUCUUGGCCGGAUAGCGAUCAGUUACCUGGAACCGGACGAAGUCGACCCUGGAGCGUCUAUAGAGCACAUCCUCUACGUAGAUCCCAGCGAGAAGCAGCUUCGAACCUUGAAGAAGGGUUCAGCCAUAGAAGUGGAAUACGAUUUGAUGCCACACAAGCUGAGCAGUCGAAAGAUUGUUCAUUUGGGUGUGUGCAAAAUAAGGGCUGUACAUUGAUUGAUUAGAUAAUGGUUUAAUUUUGUUAUUAUAUUUGUUCAAAAAUAAAAUACACGCCAUCUUCAUAUUCUGUGGAAAUAUGGAAGAUUGGAGUCCCAAAUAAA